AGUCCACCCGCAAAGGCCCGUAGACGUGGGGCCUAUAUAUUAGGGCUGACAGAUCUACGACAACCUGACAACCCUGAUCGCAUGCCCGCCUUUUGUGUGUUCUAUCUAUUCCUUUGAUACAUGCGCCUCAUAUAACAGUAACUAAUAAAUAGGCGUACAAUAUGAACAACAACUCAUUCCAUCACUUUUCGCAGCUGCCUCUAGAACUACGCCGUCUUAUCUGGAAGCACUGCCUACCGUAUCGUAUAGCAGAACAAGAUAUGCCUGACUUCCUUCUUGAUGGCAACGAAUCCCGUCAAGCCUGCUGGGCUGACCGUAUAACAUACCAAAACGCUCAGCUGCCGGUCAUCGCAUUUGUCAACAGCGAGUCUCGGCAAGUCGCGCUGGAACAGGGACGCAGGUUGGAACUGGACGUGACAACUAGCCUGAAGUCGAUAUGGAUACAGCCGCGUCGGGAUGUGCUGCAUAUUAACUGGUCGCGAAUGAGCUACAAGCACGCGGCAAUGGCUUGUGACCCUUGUAGUCCGAUUGAUAUGUUCCUGUGGCACGCAGAUGAUCUUGGGAUGCGGCCUUCUAUCGUGGCAGAUAUUAUUUAUCCUUUUAGCUUGAAGGCGUUAUUGGAUGGCGCUGAUAGUGCUGAUAGUACUGAUAUGUGGUCCACCGGCCCGUGUAUUAAGUAUAAAGGCAGAGAGUAUGAAAGAAAUCAGGACGUGUCCGACAUUACGGCAUUCGCGGAAAUGGGAUGUCUAAGCAAGCUAGACAUAGCUAUGGCAGCGGUUUCUCUUCAUAUUACCAGGAAAGCGGCUCUGAGGUCAGGCCUGUUUGGGUUGUUAGGCGAUGCGCCUGUUCAGAUGGUUGAUGUUGAUAACAAGGCUAGGUUGAGGGAAUUUCAAGCAUUAUUCAGGGAACACGCAUUGGAAAAGGAACCGGCCGUGCAAACACUCUUCGAAUUAUUUAUAAGUCCUCGAUUCCAAACAGCCGUGGAAGCAUGGAAAAGACAAGCUGAAUGGCUUAUCCUCGCGUUCAUGUGGCAGUCGGCACGAGAGGAAAACCUCGACAUUCUUGGAACGAACCCGGGCUCCGCUUGGGUACCUUACCUGCCAGAGCAAGAGUAUAUCUGGAUGUCUCGCUUUUUGCUUAAUGAGAAGCAUGCGUGGGUCAAGCAAGCUAGGCAGAGUAUGCCUAAGCUGCGACUGCGGAUAAUGGUGCGAUAUUGUACCAAUGAGUGUUAUAUAAAGGAACGACUUCCCGAGGGCUUUGGGGCUUAUUAUUGAAUACACCCAUGAGAUCGAAUAGUAUCGCGGCAGCUGACUUAUAUACGGUAAAUAAGGGCUGCGGAAUCAUAUGGAUUGUUGAAUAUUAUUAUAAUUAAGUCAGAUAUAUAAAGCCUCAUAAUUUUAUC